AUGACCUUUCCCGAGCAACAUGAGGCUAGACUUGAUGCCGUGGUGAAUAACCUAGAAGACAUGGCACUUCGACUUGAUGCCCUAGAGGCAUCGUCUAAAAGACCUGAAGACAUUAGUUAUGACCGCAGUUCUAGAAAAAGGCCCACACCUGUCGAUCAAGGGGAUGAAUCCGAUGAAACGACUGCCACAGACGACGAGUUCCCCUACGACGAAAACAACUAUGAUGUUGGAGGCGAUUUCCAAUUCGAUGCUACUCUAUAUCACCCCGGACCUGGUGGUCGGCAGGAUUUCGAUGUGUUUGAGUCACUCUACGGCGUGCAUCCUAGUUUGGCACGGAGAAUUCGCUACGCACCAACCAUCCGAGUCCUGAAUAGUCACGCCACGGUCGUCGCGAAGCCCCACAGAACGCCAUCAAUUUUAUUCGAGACUGCGUUUCGAAGAUUUGUGAGAUGCCUCAAGGAGUGUGAUUACCCGGAUAACUUUUUGGUGGACCCGGAGUAUCUUGCUUUGCUUGGGGCUUACGUCGCCUUUUUACAAGCUGAGAGGAGUGAGCUUGAGAGUGACUAG